GUCGAAAAGGUGACCGCUUCCGGAAAUCUUCCCCCGAUUGACGAAAAACCCCGACGAAGACGAUCCCCGAAAUGAGUAUCGAGCUGUAAACUGUGUCGGUUAUCAGUCGGUAAUUCCCGGCGAGCUCAUCUUUUCGUUGAUUUCACCUUUACCAAUUAACCUUGGCGAAAUCCCCCACAUGACUUGAAACAUUCUCCAAGAUACCUGUCCUACCUGUGAAUUGCGCUACGUGGAUAGGCGGUCGUUGAAGUCUCCAACAAAUUUCUCAAAAAAAAAAGAAACAACACACACCGUGACUGACGAUUUGGAAAUUGCGCGAUUUGAAUUACGCGCCGUGAUUUUUUCGAGAUUUAGUGAUCGCGCCCCAAAGUGUCGGUAAUUGGUGCACGCAUUGGAAUUAAGGUGUGUUAAUCGAAUGUGCAGUGAAUAAAUAUGUGCUAAGUGUCGGUGGAUUGUUUUUCGGACCCAAAAGCGAAGGCGCGAUGAGAUACAAUGGGCAUUACUAGCUGUUGACUGAAGGAACGAUGACCGAAUCGACGCCGAUCUGCCGUUGUCGCGUCCUGUAUUUGGGUAGCUCGGUUCCGCAACAGACCAAGGACGGUCUGCAGGGAAUCCAGGAGCCGCUGCAGGAGCUGUACCCCGACGAGGGCGGCAUCGGGGCGAGAGGCAUCGACAGUUGGCUGAGCGUGUGGUCGAACGGAAUACUUCUGGAGAACGUCGACGAGAAUCACAAGAAGAUUACGAGAUUUUUCCCGAUCGAAAGCUUACAUUAUUGCGCGGCCAUCAGAUACGUCCUAGUCCCCGAAAAGAACACGUUGCACAACCCCAGUCCUAGAUUUCUACCGUUAGAUUCGCCCUUCGCAAGAUCGCCGAAUCCGACCCACCCGCCCCUAUUCGCCGCGAUCCUGAGAAGGACGACCGGAAUUAAAGUCCUAGAGUGCCAUGCGUUUAUAUGCAAACGCGAAGUAGCGGCAAACGCGCUCGUACGUUGUUGUUUUCACGCCUACGCGGAUUCCUCGUACGCCAAGCAAGUCGACACGGCCGGUAACCUUUACGGAACACUCAGCUCGGAGAGGAUAUCGAAAGACAAGGUGGAGGAUUGGAAGAUUAAUCGUUUCUCGUCCGGCUCGACGAUGACCAUCAACACGGUCGGAAACGCAAAGGACGACGUCAGCAUAUAUAACGGCGAUGAGAAUCAUAAGGUAUGGGCCGGCUCGCAGGAUAAUUUAGACGGAAUUUACGAUUUAUACUCAACGUCGACCAUAAGUAGAACGCCGCGACCGAGACAAAUUGCGGCACCGAUAUCGGUACCGCCACCUCCACACCAGGAAAAGAACAAGAAGCCCAAGAAGAAGAGCUCCCCCAAGGAGGAGAUGUACCCGAUGGUCAACGGCAGGGCGAAUAGCGUUUCGGGUACACUAAUGAAACCAAAAAAUCACCACCACUACCCCGUCCCCCAACAACCCAUCUACGUAAUGUCGCACCCUCAGACGUUACCCAACCCCAAAUUCAUCAAACACCACGGGAACACUUUCUCGCACCGGCCGCGCGGGCGCAUGCUGGUACCGGCCCGUCCGAUCCCACCCCCUUUCGUUCCCGUCGCCAACGUCAUGGUGCCGACCACCCUCACCAAAAACAAGAAGAAGAGCAAGCACCCCGUCGAGGAACCCAUCUACUUACCCAGCAACCGCGCGCUAUCCCCGGUCUCGAGCUACCAACCCGUAAACUUCCCGCACGAGGCCUACAUAAUGCACCAAUACGCCACCAUGGAAUCGCCGUCGCGGCACGCGAGACGAAAGGACAAGGGCCACGACCCCCCGCCGCCGCCCCCAUCCGCCAAGCUCAACAAGAAGAUAGCGCAGAGCAUGAACGGUCUCGACGAUCCCAACUUGGGCGACGAGAGUCCCUUCAACACCGGCAUCUACAGGAAGAAGGGCCACCUGAACGAGCGCGCGUUCUCCUACUCGAUCCGGCAGGAGCACCGGUCGCGCAGCUACGGUUCGCUGGCGAAUCUGAAGUUCGCGACGCCGAUACCGAAUGGAGUGCACGAGCCCGAGGACAGAGAGGACAUCAAGAAGGAGCGCGAGAUCAUGCAGAUGGUGCACGAUUUGGAUCUGUCGGGCGACGAGCUCGAGAGGUCGGAGGUUCCCAGGGGAAUGUACGAGGCGAGGACGCCGGGUCCGUCGGUACCUUUAGUGCUAGCGAACGGCAGGGGUUACAAGAGAUAAGAGGACCCAUUUGGGUAACGGAUACAUUAUUGCGGCACAACCAUAUUAUUUAAAGUUGGUCAGGAAUUCACGUGUAUUAUGUAAAUAAUUUCAGGUCAACCUGAAAAUGGCCUACAAAACAGUUUUGGCGCGCCCGUUAUAUUAAAUGACAGAAAAUUCCACAUCACCUUGUACAGUAUAGUAUAGGUAAGGAGAAUGAUAUACGUACUUUAUCGUUUAAGAACUGAAACAUAGUUUUAUUUUGUAUUGUACCUCCAUUGCUCAAGAAAUGAUAUUUUAGGUUUUGGUUUAAAAAUGGGGAAAUGUUCAAUAUGUAUUUUAUUAUUUACCUACUUCAUUAAUUUACCUACCAAAUAUGUUAUAUUUCCUGUAUUUAGUUAAUUUUAUUCGUUUGCUUGUUAAUUUAGUGCCAUUAAAACUUUUAUGGAUAUGUUCAUAAUCUUUUAAAUUAGAUUAUUACUACUAAUAC